AUGGCGGACGCCGCGGUGGCCCUCACCCAAGGAGGAGUGGUAUCCACUACUCUCCAGCGCCUGGAUGCCCUCAUCGAAGCAUUUUGGGAGAAGCUAAGGGCCAAGCAGACACUACACGAGACCGUGAUAACUCCUAUGCGACCUACCUGUCACACACCAAGCAGCCCGACAGCACUCGCCAGAGGCCCGCUACGCCUGAGACGGCGGAGGAAGCGCCCACGUGCCGCAAAACAAGCCGCGCAACGAAAGGCAAUGAGCAGACAAGCGGUGAGCCGUGGAGCUCCACAGCCAUACAGCCCCUUGAAACACAUGAACGACAAGCAGAGAGCCGAGGAGAAGGGAGAAAGGCACCUGCACAAGCGAGAUCAGCAGCUACCACCUCCGGCUGUGGGUUUGCAAGCCCAUGCUCUGUGGGACAGUAAAUUCACUAUGAUGGGGAUAGGCUGA